AUGUGGAUGGAAGGACUGCUCAAGUCGCAGGAGAAACCGCAGUUGCAGAACUUGCGGCCUCGGUCGGGGGGUGAGGGGUCUGGUCCACCCAUGUCACCGACCGAAGAUAUGACGGAUACCAUGACCCUCGAGCAGCAGAUGCGCGCCGCGGCUGCGCAGCAGAAGACGCAACUCUUCGACUACCGAUACGACGACACGGACACGCUCAUGAACGAAUUCGACGAGUUCUAUCCCUACAACGAGAUGGCACAUGUUGCUGAGAACCGCAACCGCUUCGCGGGGAGCUUUGAUGGCGAAUGGACAAGCGCGAGCCUCGCCAAGCGAAGGGGAUAUAUCGAGACACAGCUCGAAUACCUCGAAAGCCCCGUCGAUGAGCAAAGACGCGCCGCGCAGGGCCGCCUCUUGUAUCUCCUACAAGGGUGUUUUGCCGAGACAAAGUCGCCCGAGAUGCAGUUACACUGGAUCAUCGAGAAUGCCAAGCUCCUCCGCAGCGUCGAUGGUGUCUCUACACUGGUGUAUAGCCUUCGCGAGGCGGCGAGACGAUACGACGCCACCGAUGUUCUCGAGCGCGCACCGGCUUCUAUGCAGAUGCGCGAACGGGCCGGAUCGACCAACCUUGUCCCCACUGAUCCGUUCGAUACCCAUUCGUCGGAGCUCAUGGACGUCCUCGCUAUGCUCUAUUUUGUCGUCGAGGUGUUUAGGAGCGACGAGUCCUUUGGCGACGAGCUCAUGACGUUGAAUCCUCCACUUCCGCUCAUGCUCGUGGGCAUGGUUGCUGGUCUCAAGGACCGCCUGGUACCACGAGGCUAUCCAGUCAAGAAGGUGCUCCUGUUAUUGUGGAAGACACUGCUCGCCUGUCUCGGCGGCAUGCGCGAGGCAGCCAAGACGAAAGCACUAUCGCGCGAGCUAGCUGGUCUAGGACCGGAAGAGAAGGAGUUUGCCAAGACGACGCCAAUAGACAUUGCCAACUGGCGCCGCGACACAUCGACAAAGUAUCCGACCUUUGCGCCGUCGUCAUCACAAGGUACGGGUGUGCCCGUGUCCACAGAAGCGUUGGCGGACAGCAUCAGGCCUCUCCCAGCCCGGCCCAACUACCACUCCACCGAGAUCCCUAGCAGCUCCUCCAGUCCCUUCAGUCCAUCCAACCACCCCUCCAUGCCACAACCCGGCACCCCAGCGCCAACACCACCGCAGACACCACAGCAACGCCCGAAGAAACUACAGUUCCAGACCGACCCCACGCGACCAUUCGUCUUCCCCUAUUCCCAAUCGACGCAGGGCCCGCCAGCCAGCCUCGUGCCCUACGCCAUUGAGGAGGCAGACCAGCUCUACAACUCUCACCUCUUCGUCUCGCUCGGUCUGUAUCAGCUCUGGGAGGCGCGCGAGGAUUGUUUGAGAGAGGAGCGUGGACUGGGGCGUUCAGGUCUCAUCGGCUUUUCGAACAUGCACCUGGACGACGACGAGGACCGCGCGGCCGAGGACGCCAUGCAGCGAGACUGGCAUUACGAAGAGGAGGAGAUGAGGGCAGAAGCAAAGGACGAUAGUGAGGGCAUCAAGCUGGCCAAGGAGAAGCGCGCGGCGGCGCGGCGGCUGUACCGCGUCGAGGUGCUCUACCGCUCCAUGCUCCCGAUGAUGCAGAACACGGUAAUCGUGCUCCUCAAGUUGCUACUGGCCACCGUGACUGGUUCAGGAACGCAGCCCCAACAUCUCAGCCAGAGUAUGGGAGGGCAAGGGAUGACCUCGCCAACCCAGGACAUGCCUCCACAUCAAGAUCUCCCUCCGCCAACCAAGGAGGAGAUCGACAUUGCACGCCACAGGGAGAUUACCUCCAAGGCAGUCUCGGCCAUCAUUCUCCUACUGCUCAAGUGGUUCAAGGCGUCCCACAUCCUCAAGUUCCACCACCUCACGUCGCUACUCCUCGACUCGAACUGUCUAGUCCUCGUGCUCAAGAUUUUCAACUUGCAGGAAAUCUCGCAGAUGGUACAGUCCAAGAAUGAGAUGCCCGAGUGCGCCUUUUUCCGCUACUUGCAUCUUCACGGGUCGGGCGAGAACAAGCCCCUCGACGAGAUUCUGGAGAUUCUUAAGCCCCCGAACAACACCAACAAGCCCGAGACGGUGGUGGAGGAGAACGGGGAAGAGGUCGAGCUCGUCCACGACUACUCGUGGCGCAACUUCUUUGCGGCAAUCAACCUUGUCAAGAUCCUGCAAAAGAUCACCAAGCACCGCACGCACCGCAUCCUGCUCAUGUGCCAGUACAAGAGCAGCUCGAUCCUCAAGCGCGUACUGCGUGUCAACCAGCCGAUGCUCCAGCUCCAGGUGCUCAAGCUUGUCAAGUCCCACAUGCCAUAUUGUGGACGCAAGUGGCGUUCGACCAACAUGAAGAUAAUCACCUCAAUCUACCUCAACUGCAGGCCUGAGCUGCGCAACGACUGGCUGGUGGGUGUGGAGGCUGACCUCGAGGCAGAGGACCAGCUGGUCGGCAAGCCACAGGAGCUGGCACUUCGGUCCCUCAUUGCGUUCUACAACAAGCGCCACUACGCGGCGCACCUGGCUCCCAGUGCGCUCGUCGAGCCGGCUCACCGGCGGACAGACUCGACGAGUGGUGCGAUGUUCGACGAGCACAGUCUGGCCGCCAGCCGCCGACGUUCUCGGCUCGACUCGAUCUCAUCGUCUGAACACGACCUGUUCCCACCCAACCGCACAUCCGCUGACAUGUCGUACAACCCAGACGGCAUGAUCGAGUUCUGGAUGAACGAGUACGAGGACGUCCUGCGCGAGGUCUUUGGCGAGGGCACCAGCGAGGAGGACUGGGACGAGUACGGCGAGGUGCGACCGGACGCAUCGCCCGGUGCACCUGGCCCCGCAGAGCGUGACGACGCCGCGUGGAUCCGGCUCGGCCAGUUGAUGCGGCGAAGUGGGGACGACGACAGCAUUUCAGAUAUUUCAGACUCUGAGAGCGUCGUGACGGUGGGCGAGCUGGGCGAGGACGCGCGCCUCGAGGCCGAGGAGGAGGGCCGGAGUAUGUUUGCAGCGAUGCAGCAGCGCAAGCAACGUCGCCCAAGCCAGGAUGAGAGCACGUGGGAGAAUAUGUCGCCGACGCUCAAGCUGCUUCCGCGCAGCCCGACUGACCGGCGCCGCUCGAGCUCGGGCGGCUCGCCUCUGCGCCCUGUGAUGGGUCUGGGCCCGAUGAGCGAUGACCUCGGCGACGUGUUUGACGAGGAUAUGGAACUACCAGGCCCGAUGCCUAUCAACACGGGCACGCGCGAUGAGAUAGAGCGCGAGCACUCGGCCGUCGAUGAGGUCGAGUAUCUCUUUAACGAGUAG